CCAAAUAUACAAAAUUUUAGCUCUGUAAAAUAUGGCCAAAAUACCAUAUGAAACACAACUCUAUUUUCUUCCUUGAUCAUUCAUUCGUUGAGAUGAGGGAGAUGGAUAGUGUUUUCUCAGUGGAUGACAUAUCUGACGGAUUCUGGUCACCGCACGCGCCUCCCGUUUUCCUGCAAGACGAUGCUGACGUUGAGCCGCUGUCAUCCUCCGCGGCCGCAGGGAUGAAUCGCAGCUCAUCGGAAUGGGCAUUCCAGCGGUAUCUGCAGGAAGCCACCUCGCCCGAUCAUGUAAUCACCACCUUGCCAGCCGAUGACAUCGUUAAGAUCAAGGCCAACCAUCACCAACCGCCGGCACCUCCCCCGCUGAAUAUUCCGACCGAUCAAGAUGAGUACCAGGAAUUCCUCAAAAGCCGCCUCGAAUUGGCUUGUGCCGCCUUCGCUUUGACUUGGGCACCUAAAGGCAAGGCUCCGGAAUCUAAUGCAGCGGCAGACAUUGGAUCUCAGGUUUCAAAUUCGUCAUCUUGUAAAGCAAAUGGAAGGGAUUCAUCAAAGACACAAGUCAAGGAUUUUAGUGAAACGGUUGGUGUACAACCUGUUCUUUCAAUUCCAUCGAAUUCAGUUGCUCAAGUGAGGUCUACAUCAAGUGGCUCUUCUGGGGAUCAGUCUGAUGAUGAUGAUGGAGAAACUGAGGCUACUCAAAAUAUGGACCCUGCUGAUGCAAAACGCAUGAGAAGAAUGAUUUCGAAUAGAGAAUCAGCUCGCCGAUCAAGAAGGAGGAAGCAGGCCCAUAUGUCUGAGAGUGAGACACGGGUCUCUCAGUUAAAAGUUGAAAAUGCCACAUGGCUCAAGCGCUUUUCAGACAUAAACCAUAAGUACAAUGAAUCAGUAGUUGACGCUAGAGUUCUGAAGGCUAAUGUUGAAACUGUGAGAGCAAAGGUGAAAAUGGCAGAUGAAAGUGUGAAAAGAGUAACUGGCUUGAACUCACUAUUCCAUGCUAUGUCUGAAAUAACCACGCCAGGCAUGCAAUCCUUUGUUCGCAUUCCUGAAACAUCAGCAGAUGCUGCUGCAUCAAUACAAGAUCAGCGCUACUAUCAACACCCAUCUAAUAAUCACUUAAAUAACAUUAUACCACCGAACACUACUGCAGACAUUGGGGUUAACAAGAUGGGAAGAAGUAUCCCUAUGCAGAGACUAGCUGACUCGGAACAUAUGCAGAAGCACACCCGCGAAGUAGCGAGUUCCUCCGGUACUGGAGACCAGUAAGGCUUCAUCGAAAGAUCGUGGCAGUGAUGCCCUCAGCAAAGCUGGUCCUCAGCUCUGUAAGACUCUGUAGUUUCUUUUUAUGGAAGAAAAAGUUUGGAAAAUUUAAUGUCUAUUUCAUGUGACUAUUUAUAUUCUAGUACUAUUUCGUAGGAAUGAAUUCUUGCAAGGGAAAUCUAUCAUGAAAUUUAGAAGUAAGAAA